GGCACGCACUCUUGACGUGAGCAGCAGCAUUUCCUCCCGUUAUGGACGUACCGGUUUGAUGGUAGGGGAAACUGAUACAGGAGCGGACGCUAUGAACGGCCAUACGCUUAUACAGUCGUGAAGCCAGAUUUAGAGCUUACCGCAGAUCAGCUGUGAAACACACUCCUGUGAGAGGACGACCAGAAACGGCAACCAACCACGAGACUUAAAAAAAUGUCUGAACCCGUAACGUCAACGUCCGACGAGCCGAGGCGACAAAACUUCUACGAGGUCUCGACACUGGAUGGAGACGUUAAAGAGAAGCUACACGUAGUCUCCGAGCAGCCAGAGAAGGUCCACGCCGUUCCCAUCCACCAGCGUCCCGACCUGCUCGUUCCCUGCGCAGACCUCGUCAACUGCGAGUGGCAGAGGAGCCAGGCCGCCCGGGUUCACUCUCUCCAAAAAUCCUGCUCAGAGUUUCCUGUCAACCUGGUCCUCCUGCAGGGUUGCGGGGAGACUGAGAGGCUACUCGGCCACGCCAGGCUGUCUCGGGUCGUGGGUCACAGCGGCAGCCUUUUUGUCGAGUCAGUAGUUGUGUCCGAGGCGGAGCGAGGCAAGGGCUACGGCCGCACUCUGAUGGAGAAGACCGAACGUUACGCCAGAAGUCGAGGGUUCAAGCGUCUCUGUCUGACCACCCACGAUAAGCAGCACUUCUACGCCCACCUUGGCUAUGUGCUGUCGACACCAGUGCAGAACGCGGGGGCCAUGACGGCAUUCAUUCCCAUGGAGACGCUUCUGAGGUUCUCCCGAAUGCCGAGUGAGGAAACGAGCGUGCAGACGCAAACAAAGAUGCACGCUCAAGGGGACAGAGACUCAGGAGGUGGUUGUGCUGUACGGUCGCCUCCAUCCUUUAGUUUACCUCCUCCUCCUCCUCUAUCCAUCCCUACUCCUCCUCCACCACCUCCUCCUCCUCCCACUAUCCCUCGUCCUCCCCCUCCUCCUCAGUGUGCAGGGCAGUGUGUAGUUCAGACUCUGACUGAAACUCCGUACAGAGAUGCCAAAGGACUUCCCAUCUACUGGAUGCACAAGGACAUUUGUUGAUCGCUGUCAGAUACACACCAAAAGACAGAAAUAAGCACAAACUCACAAAACACACACAUAUUGGAAGAAGAAGUGUGACAUAGAAAGAACUGUGCUAGCAAACCAAAGAAGUAAACACUCGCACUCAACACUUUUAGUUUUUCCACGUCACAGUUUGCAGAAGUAUUUCCCAACACCUGUGAACUGCUGCUGCGUGUGAACCCUGCUGCAUGUGUACCUGUACGUCUGCAUCGCUGCACUGAGUAAAAGAGAAAUGAUGGUGAACAUAAGGACCCAGCAAGAAACUGGGGAUAAACUUUAAUGCUUCAGUUUCACUCAAGAAUGUACUUUUUUUAUUGUAGUGACUGAUGUUUGAGCCUAACUCUGUACAGUGUAGCCUGUGUGAUACACAGACGGGAUCUGCAGCAGCAGAAUUAAACUCAUCGGUUCAGUUUGCUGUGUUUACUUGAAAAGAGCUUAAAUAAUUGUAAUUAUUACAACCAGUACAGCUGAGCAAAGCAUAAACGUGACUCCCCUGCUCCCAGCUUCCAAUGCGGGACCUUGGCACAGCAGAAUUUACAGCCCAGAGUGUGUUAUGUGUUUUUUUUCUGGCAGUUAAGCGAAUUAACUGCAGGCAGGAGCGCACACUCGCUGCAGAUUAUGGUUAUAUCGUAAUAAAUAUUACAUAUUUUCUUUGUUGUUGUUUUUUUUAUGUGUUUUGUAAUCCGGGUUUUGAGGUUUGAUUGAAACAAGAAUAAAUUAAAGAU